GUUGCCCACUCUCAACAGCUGAUUUGGCACCUGGUCAAGAGAACAAUGGAUCGACACAAGAUCCCCCGCACCAAAGAACUGGAAUUUGGGGGCAUUCUAGGGGCUGCCUCCCUCCUCAUCCUAAUGCCUGCCACCGUCUUUGCCCUGCUACUGACUUGCAGGACGGAGCAGGCCAGCCUCUUGAAUUUCCCCUUGCCUUUGCCCACACCCCACUCCCUGUGGAACCCCCAGGACUUUGCCCUGGUCUUGGCUUGGAUAGGCCUGCAGGCUCUGCUGUAUAUGCUACCUUUGGGGAAGGUCACAGAAGGGACUGUUCUUCGAGACAAGAGCCGGCUCCAGUACCGUGUGAAUGGGAUCCACGCCAUGUGGAUCACAGCGUUGGUGCUGGGGGUCAGCAUGGUUGCAGGGCUGCGCCUCAGUUACAUAUAUGACCACUUAUUGCAACUCGCCUUCGCUGCGUCUGUUCUUGCUUUUGGACUCAGCUUCCUCCUCUACGUCAAAGCCCUACUUGCUCCCGGGACAGCGCUGGCUCCAGGUGGGAAUUCAGGAAACCCCAUUUAUGACUUCUUCAUGGGCCACGAGCUGAACCCUCGCAUCGGUACCUUUGACCUUAAGUUUUUCUGUGAGCUGCGCCCAGGUCUCCUUGGCUGGGCCCUGGUCAACAUGGGUAUGUUAGUGAAGGAGACGGAGCUGAGGGGUAAUCCUUCCUUGGCCAUGAUUCUUGUCAAUGGAUUCCAGCUUCUCUAUGUAGUGGAUUCCCUUUGGAAUGAGGAGGCCGUCCUCACCACCAUGGACAUAGUGCACGAAGGUUUUGGCUUCAUGCUGGUUUUUGGGGACCUGGCUUGGGUGCCCUUUCUGUACAGUCUCCAGUCCUACUUCCUGGUCACUCAUCCACAGAAGCUUAGCCUGCCGAUGGCUGGAGGCAUCGUCCUGCUAAAUGGCCUUGGCUAUACUAUCUUCCGCAGCGCCAACUCCCAGAAGAACACUUUCCGUCGGAAUCCUACUGACCCCAAAGUAGCUGGACUCAGAACCAUCCCCACAGCCACGGGGCGGCGCCUGCUGGUGUCAGGGUGGUGGGGGUUUGUGCGGCAUCCCAACUAUUUGGGGGACCUCAUCAUGGCUUUUGCUUGGUCCCUGCCCUGUGGCAUCGGCCACAUCCUGCCUUAUUUCUACAUCCUCUACUUUACUGUGCUUCUGGUCCACCGGGAAGCCAGGGAUGAGCACCAGUGCCUGAGGAAGUACGGCCUGGCCUGGCAGGAGUAUUGCCGCCGAGUCCCUUACCGGAUCUUCCCUUACCUCUACUGAGUCACUGCUUGGCUGGCUAUUGCUCUCAUCACAUUGACACACAUCCAUCAGCU